AGACUACCGCCGAGUACGUCAGCGACCACAACUCCUGACAAUAUCGCACAAAACUCGUCGGAUUCACUUAACUUUCGUUUAUUUUAUUAUCAUUAUUUUUUAAUUUUUCAUUUAUUAUUUUAUUUAAAAAAAUAUAUAUCAUAAUUAUUAUUUAAAAAUUCAUUAAUAAUUUUUCAUUUUUUCAUGUGAUUUUUUAAUCUAAUUAAAUAAAUAUUAAAUAUUGUGACAAUAAAAAAUUUUUAUUAAUAAAAUUAUAGAGUGAAAAAAAUAUAUAAUAUAAUAUGAAGAAAAAUAUUAUCAUAAUAUUGGCAGUUUUUGCUGUUUUGAAAAAUGUCUUGGGAUAUCCACAGGAACGUCUUAUGCCAGAUGGAGCACCAGUAAUCACUGAUGAAUCCAGUAAUGAGGAUUCUGUAGCAGCUGCAUCAGAAACACAUAAUCAUGAACAUGAUUAUGAUGAAUCUGAUGAUUCUGAUAUGUACAUGGAACCUGAUGGAGCUGAAAGUGUACAUCAAGAACCAAAAGAAAUAAUUCCAUCUGAAAUUGAUCCACAUGUAACAGCAAGAGUUCCAAUUGAAGCACAAAAAUCAGUUGUCAUUGCUGAAGAAGACAAAGUAAAUCCAGUUACUGAUAGUCAAAAUUUCUUUCCAUCAUUUGCUGAUAUAUUUACAAAUCAUAAAUUACCACCAUACAAUGAUCAACAACAACAGCAACAACAACAACGUUAUCGGCCAAAUCGUUUUCUUGGAUAUUUUCAACGUGAACGUAGUGCAUAUCAACCAGUAGCAUCAUCAUCAACAGUUAAAAAUACACAACAUCCAUUACUUGGUUCUGGUAAUUUUGGUGUUAUUCGUGGUGGUACAUAUUAUCCAGAAGAAAAAGAAAAUGAUGAAUAUUCGGUUGUUGAAACAUUGUAUAAUCCUUAUUAUAAUAAUGGUAAUAAUGCAAGAGGUCGUUCAAAUUAUUAUAAAAAUCCAAAACCACAACCAAUUCGUGGUGGUGAUUUUUUUGCAAAUUUUCGGGAUUUUGCUGAUAUAACUGCACCACCAAAAUCAAGUUUUUCUCAUUUAUCAGUUGUUUAUGCUAAUAGAAAUGGAACACAGAGACAUGCUAAUGAACCUAGAAAUAUUAUUGAAACAUUAAAAAUGCUUGAAGAUCAAGAAAAUGAAAAUAUCAAUGGUGUUACAACAAUAAAAACAACAACAACAACAACAUCAGAUGUACCAACUAAAAAAGUUAGUCAAGCUAAAAGAAAGCUUCAAAAUAUGAAAAAAUAUCAUGAAGAAAAAGCCAGAAAAUAUCGCAUGACUAUUGAGCCACUGCUUGCCUUAAGCUGAAUUUAUUUCGAUGGAUAAUCGAUGAUGUUAUUGAAGUGUGCUAAUAGUGUAUUAUAUCGAGUAUACGAAAGUACUUCGGGAUUAUUUCCCAUAUGCAAAAUCUGGCCUCGACAGAUCAGAACCAAAGUCUGAAACGUAAUUUUCUUUUUUUUUUUUUUUUUUUUUUUUUCAAUUAUUUUAUUUUAUUUUUCAAAUUCUGAAUACUGUGGGUGAAUGAUUUCAUUUAAAUUAUGAUUAAUUAUAUAUAGAAAAAACUUGCAGGCAAAAAGUCAUGUGAAGAUAUAAUAAAUUUAACAUUUUUUUUUUUUUUUUACAGUAGUCACUAAUUGUGAAUUUUUUUUUAAGUUAUAGUUUUUUAAUUAUUAAAGUAAAAUUUUUUGUAACUUUCAAUAUUAUAGAAAUUUAAAAUUAUAAUUUAAUUAUUAUAUUUUAAUAUUUUUUACUGAUCAUUAGUGUGAAUUCAUUUAAAAAAAUUUAAUUUCUUUUCAUUUUUUUAAUUUUUUAUUAUUCAAAAAUUUUUAAACAAGACAAAUAAUUUACAAAUUCUAAUUUACGAUUUUUACAAGUAAAAAAACACUAAUCAUUUUGUCAAUUGGCUAUCAAAACAUUCACGUUAAAAUCAUGAUAAAAUAUAAAAAAAAAAAAAAAAUGAAAAAAGAUUUUAAUUCAUUGCAAUUUGCACUUUGAAAAUUUGUUAAGUUUAUUGUUGUUAAUUUGGACAAUAGACUUCAACACGUCAUUUAAUUUUAAUUUGAUUACUUGUAAAAUUUUCAGCUUGAAUAUAUUUUUGUCAUCUUUUACUUAUAAAUAAAUAUAAUAAUAACUAUCAUUAUAAAUUUAUAAUAAUAUGGUAUCUUCAAGGAUAUUGAAUAUUUGUGUGAAUACUUAUCGUAAAAUUUUUUUCUUUAUUUGUUUCGUCUUAAUCUUAAUUUCUUUUUUAUAUUAUUUCUUUUUAUUAGUGGUACUAGCUGUAUUGUAUUGCUGAUAAAACAAUAUAUACCUUUUACAUCCUGUUUUUCGAAUUCUCUAUCACUGUCCUUGACUUGUUAAAUUGCUUAAAAAAAAUAAACAAUCUUCAUUUAUGUUUAUGUAGUAUAGAUUUUUUUAUUAUUUGAUUUUUUAUAUAAUAAAUUUAAACAUGUAUUGUUACAGCAAUUAAUUGGUUAAUAAAAUUGAAAAGAAAAAUAUUAUUAUUGAGACAAAAUAAAAAAUAUUCUAAAA